CAAGAUUUAAUUAACUAUGCGGAGAACAGUUCAGCUUUUAGUGUUACUGUUAUGGAGUUACUUUGUUCCUGCCGGCCAAGCGUUUGCACUACCGAAUCAUGCCAUUGGAAACGUCAGUGAAGCAUGGGAUACUGAUAACGUGCUACGCCUUGUGUUUGGGAAAGCGUCAAACAUUCGGUGUUUCCUUAUCGUCAUAAGAGAUGGUUAUCUUCCAGACACCUACUUCUCCCAGGUGUCGGGAUCAGAAGGCGAAGGACAUGAUGACUUUGCGGCGGUGGUCUUUAAAGUACCAACCAGCACAGGAAACGUCCAUCUCGCUGAGUCACACAUCACGAAAGUAGUGAAACAAGCUCGUCGGUUGCGGCAAUCCUCUUGGUGCGUAACGGUGGUGGUCUUAAGUGACGACCCCAUAUUCCUUGGUGCCUUUGCGGAAGCGUCUGACAAAGGUCGCAUGUUGGUGUGGAAGACGAGGCUGAUAGUGGUCACCAGAGUAACCAUGCCGCAGCUCCAGACGCUGCUGCAGGAUUACUGGACCUACUCCAUGAUGAACACUAUGUUCAUAACACAGGAAGAAAAAUCUGUAUAUAGGUGGCAAGGAUACGUGCACAUUCCUUAUAGUCCGACCGGAGCUCAAGUGAAGAGAGUUGGGAACUGGAGGCAGAUUAAUAGCAUCCUUCUAGCAGAUGGUCAGAAGCUCUUCCCGGAAAAGUACAGUAAUUUCAAUGGGAUGGAUGUAAACAUGACGUGGUUUCCUUUACCACCCUACUGGAUGCCAAAUAAUGGAUCUGCAUCCAAAAAUUACACGGGAUCCACUUUUUCUGGAAGGGACGUCACCAUCAUUGAAACAAUAGCUGGAGCACUCAACUUCUCCAUUCAUCUUGUUCCAUACAGAGGAACCGAAAACUGGAUGCUUCCCCUACGAAGUCGAGAGGCUUUAGUUAGACCAAUCAUUUUGCCAAUCAUGCCACACAUGCUGGAGGAGUUCGAAAUCACAUUUUUCGUGGAGCCGUCGACCUUGGCCUUCACCAUGGCCAAGCCUGUCCUCAAGCCGAACUGGCAGAGUUUGUUCUACCCGCUGCAGACCGAUGUCUGGGGUUAUGUCGCUGCCACAGUGAUCGUGGUCUUCAUGGUUCUUCUUUUGAUGAAGUCGGAAGGAGAGAACAAGAGCCAAGGGCCGUGGCAGGUGAUGAAACAGGUAUUUGGAACGCUGCUGGACGAGGCCAUUCAUGGGGAGUUACCACGGAGGAGCUCAACGCGUCUGGUACUGACAGCAUGGAUGAUCUUCGCCUUCAUUGUGGGAACGGUUUAUCGCAGUAACUUGACAGCUUGUCUUACGGUGCCUACGUAUCCGACGCGCGCUGAGAACCUCGCUGAUCUUUUUCACAUGGGUGUCAAAAUCACUAUGUUGCCUGAGAUGGUAAUGUUUUACAAAAGCUUCAAAGAAUCUGGAUCUGAGGUGCUCGAAACCUUGGCAGAUAGUAUGGCGUAUGUCCCGACAUCUGUGGAAGGUUUACAUCAAGCCAUUACAAAAAACAAAGCAUAUUUGUAUGAACGGCUACACAUGGAGCUGAAGGUCGCAGAACACUUCACCAAAAAGGACGGGUCAACUCCCCUCUAUGUGACACAAAGGAACUUCAUGUCUGGCUACAGCACCUUCAUUUUAGUCCGCAAUACUCCAUUCAAAGCCAGCCUCGACCACUUUAUCUUGGCUUUUCACGAGGCCGGGCUCAUCAGGAAAUGGACGACUGAUGUGAUGGCUAUGAAAAAAAGGGAGAUUAAAAAACGCAAAAAAUCUGAAAUAAAUGAAAAACAAGAAGAAAGAAAAAAGGGAACUUUAGCUUUAACGCUGAUACACAUGCAAGGACCUUUCUUUUUGUAUUUGGCAGGCAUCAUCUUAUCGUUUCUUGCUUUCCUCUUUGAAACCGUAUUAGUAUUCAGUAACAGAAAUCUCUUCACUAAUAAUUACAAAUAACAUAUUCUGCCGUUUAAGAAAUUUUUUGCCAGUCUGACUGAAGAACGACUGGAACAAGGGUUAAACUUAUAAGUAUUAAAACCAUAACCCGUGAUAGCUAUGAACACACUGAACUGACACGGCACUCUUGUGAACUAGUCUCAUAAUUCUAAGGUAGUGUAUGCUUCAACUUCUAAAACACCCCGUUAUUUUUAGUUUUCUUUUUAUUAUAAUGUAUCUAAAAAAAUAAAAAAUAUAUAUCCUACUAGUAAAAGCAUUUAUAAAGAAAUUUUGAGAUGUAUAGGUUUGCUGGACAUCCAUACGACUGUGUGUUUUGAAGGCCAAACCGGCAUGAUCUCCAGUGACGAUUUUGUUUACAGAUGAGACGUCACGAAUACAUGGCACGAUGCAUUGUGGGGAAAAACAAAUGCUUAUAGUCUCUCAUCCUUGGACAAUAAUGUCUCGGUCUUCAUAAAGAUGGCAGUGUGACGCCACCGCUCGAUUAUCCUCGUAUUUCUCCUAUUAGUUGUCUUUAAAAUGUCCGUCACUCUACUAAUGACUAUCACCAUAGGGGACUGGAAGCCUGUAAAUCAAGAAAGUUCGUACCUAGGCUGAUCUGGAAAAAGGAGUCCCUGUAGGAUGUGUGACUCAGGCUAUUGGUGACAUAUUCAAAGCCAUUUACAUUUAUAAUCACAUCCAAAGCAGCUGGCCUCACCAGAUACUGCCGUUGAAAGGUGAGUACAGUAUAAAGAAAAGAUGUCUGUUUGGAUCGUUAUUAGUGUUCGAGUCAGUAAGUGUCAUGUCACUGGAGAAGCAAUUUUCGAAUGACAAGAGUUUCUUCUUCCUAGUCAAGUUACCAUUAUCAUCAGUGUACUGCAGUGUUUCUUGACUUCAGGUGCUCAAGAGGUACAGAAAUAGUCUAAAAAAAAAAAAAAAAAAAAAGCAAUGAAAAACAUUUACUUAAUACAAAUAUUCCACACUGGCAGGAUGUCCGCGUCACUAAGCUUUGUUGUAAAUGAUAGGUACUCAUGAAAAAAUAACAAAAUAUAUGAUCAGGCAAUACC